UCUCUGCGGAACCAUCGAGCAGCAGCUCCUCAGAUCCACGGAGGGGAAUAAGUGUGACACGUGCACCCAAGUAGCAACAAUGAGAGAAAAGGUUCUUUGACUGCGGUGUUGGGGUUAAACUAGGAUGGCCAUCCGCCGGGUUCCACUAGUCUUGUUGGCCUGUGGCUCCUUUAAUCCCAUCACCAACCAGCACAUGAGGCUGUUUGAACUGGCCAGAGACCACAUGCACAGCACAGGCCUGUACCAGGUGGUGGGUGGCAUUGUGUCUCCAGUGAGUGACGGCUAUGGAAAGCAAGGCCUGGUACUGGCUAAGCACCGAAUUGCUAUGGCAAAGCUGGCGCUGCAGAGCUCCAACUGGGUCACGGUUGACGAAUGGGAGAGCCAGCAGCCAGACUGGACGGAGACGGUGGUCACUAUGAGGUAUCAUUAUGGGCGUAUUCUAAAGGAGUAUGAGCAGAGCACAGGAACUCACAGCAACUCCGGUGGGAACUCCACUCUCCUCUCAAGCCCUGCUCCCCAGCUGAAGCUCCUGUGUGGAGCAGAUUUCCUCGACACCUUCAAGAUCCCUGGCCUGUGGCUGGAUGACCACGUGGAGGAGGUGGCCGGGCAUUUCGGCCUCAUCUGCGUCAGUCGAGGGGGUCUGCAGCCAGAGCGGGCCGUACAUGAGUCGGACGCCCUUUCACGCCACAGAGAAAACAUUCAUCAGGUGAAGGAAUGGGUGAGGAAUGAGACGAGCGCCACAGAGGUGCGGCGGGCUCUGAGACGGGGACUGAGCGUGAAAUACCUGAUCCCAGACUCUGUGAUAGAAUAUAUUCAACAGCACAACCUCUACACCGAGGACAGCGAGAGGAAGAAUAAAGGCGUUGUGCUGAGGCCGCUCACCAAGCAGGCACAACAGCCAGCCAAGAGUCUGGAUGACUGACAGACAGACUGCUGCAGCAUUCAGCUGAAUAUGGAAACCCUUAAAGUGGAAAUUCAGUCACAGAUCAGUGCUUCUCUACAAUGACCGGAAGCUCUGUUUACUUCCACUGGACUGCAGUGUGAUACAGAUGCAAACAUCUGCAAAGAAACUCAUGUUUGGCUUAAAUGUGUUUUGUUUUAAGCAGGAGACAUCUGCACAGUUCUGUGGUAUGUUUUGAAUCAAGGACAUGUUGCAAAUCCUGAGCCUCAUCAUUAUGCCAGUCUGAGAUGAAUGAACAUGUGUCUCUUGAAAGUUUACCAUCCUAUGUAGUUUUUCACAUUGCACAUCACUGAUGAAUGGAAAUAAAAUCCUGUAUAUUUGGA